UUAAGUUUCAAAAUGGUAGCUUGAUUUGGUUGACAGAUAGAAGAAUAGAAAUAAUAUAAAUUAAAGGACAUUUUUUUUGCUACUUUUUUAUGUUUAAUGUUUUAUAGUUUACUAAUGAAAACAUUCAUACGAAUUAAUAAUUAACGAAUGAGCUUUCUUGUGCUAAAACUUAGUGUAUUUAUGUUGUUUGUAGCAGAGAGAUUUUGUACUGAAAAGCACUUAUUUCUAUGAACUCGAAAAGCGAAACUGACGAAGCUUCAAGGGGGAACGAAGCGUCAUCGUCAAAGACUAUUUCAACCCCAAACAAUUCGGAGGAGCAACCCGCGUCGAGUUUAUGUACUACUACAGGUUCAAACAACACCCAGGACAUAAUGAAGCGAGCUGCCGCUAAACAGUUGAUUGAGAGGUAUUUCUACCAGUUGCUAGAUGGCUGUGGAAACCCAGACUGUGACAAUCAAUAUUGUGCUUCCAGUGGGGAGGCGAGGAACCUGACUCCCAAUGAAGCAGCAGCAGAGGCCAUAAAGCUGUUCUACAAAGAGGCACGCUUGUGUGACACCCUCCCAAACAAAGUUCCUCGCACUGAAGCCAGCACAUGUGAUUCUAGUGCCAGCACAACAUGUACAGUAUCAAAUACAAAAGACAAAACAGAUAACAAAGAGAACACAAUUGGAUCUGCUUCAUCAAGCACUUCUCUACAACACAGCACUACUAAUGAGGCAAAACCAGAAACUAGUCAAAAAGUAUCUCAACAAGAGGAACACAAAACAGUUAGUCAUAAUAAUGGCGCACCACUUACUGAGGAGCGUAUUUGUCAACUUUGUGCUGAGUGCCUUCAUACAUUAAAACCGCAACCCCUGGUCAGAGCAUUGGGGGAAGCGUUUACGCAGCCAGCUAUACUAGCUAGGUGUUUCCAGAGUAAAGUGUCGGAAGAUGAUAGUAAUAACGAUGGCGGGAAAAAUAAAGAAAAAGAAUCCAAAGCAAUGUGUUCAUCUAGUGACCCAGACAAAGAUGUAGAUAGUGUCACAGGGCCAGGCUUGGACGUAGCGUCAUGUCGCAGAGCCUUCGAGUAUCUAGCUAAAGUGCCAUCAGAAUACUACAGCUCGGCCCUUGUGACUGCAUUAACUACACUUGCUGAAAACCUCGAAAUAGAUCUAAGGAUAACUAAAAAGAUGAGUAUGGAGGACGCCGUGAAUUGUUUUGUGAUCGCAUUUGAAGUGCCGGAUCUCGGGUGUAGCGACUACUUGGAGAUUGCACUGCCAGCGCUCUGUCACGCAGCUGAGCACUUGUCAGUUAAAGCUCAAGCAAAACUUGCGCGUAUAUGGGCACAACACUGUAAGGAGAGCUUGCGGCAUAUAUUAGAAACAUUACAACAACUUAUAACGCUGCGGGUUAUUUCCACUAACUACACCAACCAUUUUACAGUACAGGAUGAUGAAAGCGUCACCAUGGCAACUAAAUUAAUGAAAAUAGUGUACUAUGCAAAUAUGCUAGCCGGUGUUAUGGAGUCAAACACGUUGAGAGAGGAACCCAUAGUGAUAGCAAAUCAAUUGGACCCACUAGGCGAUGUUAUAGAACAUUUGUUCCCGCCCAUGAAGAGCUCAAAACACUCACAGCCCGACGAUCCAUUAGCUAUUGAAUUAGAUAUAAAUGUGUUAGAUGCUAGAAAACCAUACUUGCCAUUCGAGGAAUUUUACAACGAACCUCUUAGUGAUACUAUAGAAAUGGAAAUAGAUUUUGCAAAUUAUAAAUCUGAAAUAAAUAACGGUAAGAAGUUCACGUUCCUAAAGUACCCGUUCAUCCUGACGACGGCGAGCAAAUCGCUGGGGCUGUACUAUGAGAACCGCAUCCGGAUGCACUCGGAGCGGCGCGUGUCGAUGUUCCACGCGGUGGUGGGCGCGGUGCCGCCCAUGCCCUUCCUGCGGCUCAAGGUGCGGCGCUCGCACAUCAUCGAUGACGCGCUCGUUGAGUUAGAAAUGGUAGCAAUGGAACGAGUAUUGGAUCUAAAGAAACAGUUGGUGGUCGAGUUUGAAGGAGAACAAGGGGUCGACGAGGGCGGCGUGAGUAAAGAAUUCUUUCAACUCAUCGUCGAGGAGAUAUUCAAUCCCGAUUACGGAAUGUUCACACAUCAAGCGGAUACCAAUACUGUGUGGUUUAAUCCCACAUCGUUUGAAACGGAGGCUCAGUUUACACUAAUAGGCAUAGUUUUAGGUUUAGCGAUAUACAAUAAUAUUAUUCUAGCCGUAGAUUUUCCCAUGGUUGUGUAUAGAAAACUUAUGGGGAAGAAAGGUUCCUUUGAAGAUUUGGCAGAUUGGAAUUCGACUUUAUAUAGAGGUUUAAAAGAUAUGCUAGAGUAUACUGGAGAUGAUUUAGAAGAGGUGUACUAUCAGACAUUUAGGAUAUGCCAUCAAGAUGUGUUCGGUAACAAUAUAUUCCAUGAUUUAAAGGAGAAUGGCGACAGCAUAUUUGUAACACAGGAAAACAAAAAAGAAUUUGUUGAUUUAUAUGCCGACUUCCUUCUGAACAAGUCUGUAGAAACACAGUUCAAAGCGUUCCGGCGCGGUUUCGUUAUGGUGACUGACGAGAGUCCACUCUCGGUGCUGUUCAGGCCGGAAGAGGUGGAGACUCUAGUUUGUGGCAGCAAGAACUUCGACUUCAAAGAGUUGGAGAAAUCGACAGAGUACGACGGCGGGUACACGGCCGAGUCGCGGAUCAUCAAGCAAUUCUGGAAUGUCGUGCACGGACUCGCUCGCGAGCACAAGCGCAAACUCCUCGAGUUCGCCACCGGCUCCGACCGAGUGCCCGUCGGCGGCCUGAGCUACCUCAAGCUAGUCAUAGCCCGCAACGGACCCGACUGCGACCGCCUGCCCACCGCACACACCUGCUUCAACGUGCUCCUCUUACCCGAGUACGAUUCCCAGGAGAAACUCCAGGAUAGGCUCAUGAAGGCCAUUAGUUAUUCCAAGGGCUUCGGUAUGCUCUAACCAUAGCGCCCGCGCGCUCGUAUUGUAAAAAGCCAUGACAUCCCUGGUGUCUUUGUAAUAAUAAAAGUUUGUUCUAUUUAUAUAG